GAUAUUAGUGACGUUUAGUUAGCUGAGCAUUCAAUUUUAUUUGAUGUUUAGCAAAAAUAUUUCUCAGCUCCAGGUAGGUUCAAACAAGAAAAUUUGGUACAAUAUACGUAUAAUAAAAUAGAUCCUACUUGCUAUAGUAUUACUAUUAUACAUUUAUGUGAAAACAUAAUAUUUUAUUUUUGAAUAGUUUUGACAAUCGAUAAACGUAACUAAACGAAAGAGUUGAAUAAUGUCGUGGUUACAGUGAGUAGUUCAAAGGACGCAUUUUCUUUGGUUCUAUAGAAAAACACAAUGAAAACAAAUUAAAACCAUCGAUUCGUACAUGUGCAUUUUUACGUGCUUUCGGUGCUCAUAUGACUAAAAUACUAAUUAGUUUGUGUAGUGUGUGUUAUUUUUGAAGAUUCCAUCACCGCUGAGGAAGCUUAUUGAAAGAUAUCACCGAUGAGCCGAGGCGUAGUAGACUCUGAUCUGUCCUGGAGACGGAUGCCGUGAGCUCUUUACCAAGGAGCGCACGACGUCGGCGUGAUGAGCACAACCCGCCAUAAUGCGUCGGCGGCCACUUUAAACCGGGAUCGGACGCGUUUGUCGGCUCGAGAUGGCCGUCAAUCGCGGCGAACGCGCAUUCAGCCUCCCUGCGCACGCGCAAUCCCAUACUCCACCGCGGCACUAUGAAAUGUGGAAACACGGCAAGUGGCGACAGAAAACGUCACCACCAAGGACAAACGCAGCCGUUAGGGUUCCGAGAUAGAAACUUUGUAUAGUGAAAUCCUUAGAGGCCUAAGUGUUACUUUUGUGUGUAAAUAUAGUGGUGAAUAGAUGUUAAGGAUGGCGGGCGAGAGUAGAGGUGUACGUGCGCCGCUGCUAGAGAGCGGUGGGGCAGAGUAUGCACAUCCGCACAAAGCUUCGGCGCCAAGAUGCUGCUUCUGGCUAGCAAGCCACGUGAACGUGAGGAAGUGUGUCGCCGGUGUCAUGCUGCUAUCCGUCCUCACCAUAUUCUUCUAUACAUAUUACGUCACAGUACCUCUCACUAGUCUGGUGUGGCGCGACCGCGUCCCGAGACCGUUGUCGCAAUGCUCGUUGCUUGCGUCGCAGCAACAGGCGGCGCGCGACCAUCGCUCGGAUGCGCGACUUCGCAUCGACGCGAAGGUGCUCGUGAUUGUCGAGUCGGCCUACUCGCGACUUGGCCGCGACAUCGCCGAACUGCUUGUCGCCAACCGUAUACGGUACAAGGUGGAAGUCGCGGGUAAGAGUCUGCCCGUACUUACCACUUUGGACAAGGGGCGUUACGGCGUGAUCGUGUUCGAAUCGCUAUCGAAAUACGCGAACAUGGAUAAGUGGAAUCGAGAACUCCUCGAUAAGUACUGCAGGGAAUAUUCUGUGGGUGUUGUUGCGUUCGCAACGCCUGGGGAAGAGACUCUAGUUGGCGCACAGCUGAAAGGAUUCCCUCUGUUCAUGCAUACUAAUUUAAGACUAAAGGACGCAACGCUAAACCCAGCAUCGCCAGUGCUCCGACUUGCCCGCGCUGGCGAGACGGCCUGGGGGGCACUUCCAGGCGAUCACUGGGCAGUGUUCAGGGCCAACAGCUCAACUUACGAACCCGUUGCCUGGGCAUUGAGGCAAAACGAAUACGAAUCCACUGAGGAGCGCAUGCCGCUAGCGACAGUGAUACAAGACCACGGCCGUUUGGACGGCGUCCAACGCGUACUGUUCGGCUCGGGCCUACAGUUUUGGCUGCACAGGAUACUGUUCCUGGAUGCUCUUAGCUACCUCAGCCACGGCCAGCUUAGCUUGAGCCUCGACAGGUGGAUACUGGUCGAUAUAGAUGAUAUCUUCGUGGGAGAAAGAGGAACUCGACUACACGAAGAAGACGUGGCGGCUAUGUUAGCGUCACAGACUGCGCUACAACGAUUAGUGCCGGGAUUCAGGUUCAACCUGGGUUACAGUGCUAAGUACUAUCAUCAUGGGACGUCACUUGAAAACCAAGGUGACGACGCCUUGUUGAGGAACCGGGAACAUUUUACUUGGUUUUGUCACAUGUGGAACCACCAGCAGCCUCACCUAUACAACAAUGUGACACAUCUAGAAUCAGAGAUGAUGCUCAACAAACAGUUUGCCAUAGAGCAUGGGAUCCCCACCAACUCUUGCUACUCCGUGUCUCCUCAUCACUCAGGAGUUUACCCCGUACACGAACCAUUAUACGAAGCCUGGAGAAAAGUGUGGGACGUCAAAGUGACCAGCACUGAGGAAUACCCGCAUUUGCGACCCGCUAGGUUACGAAGGGGUUUUCGGCAUAGAGGUGUUAUGGUUCUCCCACGCCAAACUUGCGGACUUUUUACACACACGCUGCUACUAGAGAGAUACCCAGGCGGCCGGCAUCGUCUCGAUCGUUCUAUACAAGGAGGGGAACUCUUCCAGACAGUCAUCAAUAACCCUAUCAACGUGUUUAUGACACACAUGUCAAACUAUGGAAACGACCGACUGGCUUUAUACACCUUCGAGUCGGUUGUGAAGUUCCUGCGAUGUUGGACUAAUGUACGGCUGGCGUCUGCACCGCCGCUUGCACUGGCUGAUAAGUACUUCCAACUGAGACCCGACGAACUGAAUCCGCUGUGGGGGAAUCCAUGUGAUGACAUCAGACACCGACGCAUUUGGUCGAAGAGCAAGUGGUGUGGGACUCUGCCUAAAGUGCUGGUAAUAGGACCGCAGAAGACGGGUAGUACUGCCCUGUAUACGUUCCUAGCCAUGCACCCUGCCCUAGCGCCGAACUUGCCAAGUCCUACCACAUAUGAAGAGCUCCAGUUCUUCAAUAACAACAACUAUCUUAAAGGACUCGAUUGGUACUUAAACUUCUUCCCACCAAACAUGAGCAACACUACGCAGAUCACGUUCGAGAAGUCGGCAACUUACUUCGAUGGCGACUUAGUACCACGACGGGCGCACGCUCUCCUACCCAACGCUAAGAUCAUUGCCAUACUUAUAUCUCCGUCUAAAAGAGCGUAUUCGUGGUACCAACACAUUCGGUCGCACGGCGAUGUGGUCGCCAACAACUACACGUUCCAUACAGUCAUCACGGCGAAUGAUUCCGCGCCAAAACCCCUCCGGGAUUUAAGAAAUCGUUGCCUAAACCCAGGCAAGUACAGUCACUACCUGGAGCGCUGGCUGGCGGAGUACAGUAGCCAUCAACUGCACAUCAUCGACGGCUCGCUACUGCGAUCCGAGCCUGCUGGCGUCAUGAACACGCUGCAGAAGUUCCUCAAGAUAUCACCGCAUAUCGACUACAAUAAGUUGCUCAAAUACGAUGCGAAAAAAGGAUUUUUCUGUCAAGCAGUAGGCAAUGACAGGACGAAAUGCCUCGGCAAAUCCAAAGGCCGGAUAUAUCCGCCGAUGGAGGAGAGGUCUGCUAAGUUCCUGAAGCGGUACUACACGCCGCACAACACGGCGCUGUCCAAGCUCCUCGUGAGGAUAGGCCGGCCUGUCCCCCAGUGGCUCAAAGAUGAAUUGUCCUCCAAUGGAUAGCACACCUUGCAACCUAAAAGGUUGGCACGAAACAAGGUGUUACACGGCUUGAUCAAAGUCUGUGUCAUCAGCUUCCCUUGACGAAGCCAAGGGUCGGCGAUGUGACGGCAGUCCUUAAGUUACAAACUGUGGGCGUCGGUCGCUAGUCGCGCUGUACGCAAUGUUGUUCUUUCCAAGUGUUUCAAUGUGAGAGUAUUCUUGUUGAACAAAUAUCUUUGUCUAUCGAUUCUUGUAAUAUAAUGUUUUAAAGAGUGAUAUUAAACGACUUAAAGUUCUUGAUCUGUUUGGACGGGAUGAAGAAUGAUAUUAUUGUUUUAGUUUAAUUUUAUUCAACGUAGGGUGUAGUGAAUGACUGUGUGUUCCCAAUGAAACGGUUACGAUUCGACUUUGCUUGCCUGAUCAUGUUGUUUCUUAGCCAUAUUUAUAUGGACUGUGUCCGACGCACUCGUGUGCCGGUCUAGGUGCUAUUUGUUAGUAAUUUCAUUAUACUCACAUGUUUGGUUACUAUGAAUUCAUCUUGUGUUUAUUAGACGCAAAUAUUUUUUUAUACCAUCAUGAUUUUAUGCUAAAUUGAUAACGCUUCGUAAAACUAAUUAAGUAUAGAUAAUUAUGAAAUAUUUUAUGUUAUACAUAUAACAUAUGAAAUGGUUGCAUAUAUCUUUCAUUCCACGCUCUAACCGACCGUCGCUACACGCUUAUUUUAAUAAUAUUUUGUUUAAUCACAAUGUACGUACCUGAUGCAAUUGUAAAUUUGUAGUUAAUUUUGUACGUUUCAUAUAGUGUAGGUGUAACGUUAUUUUUAACAAUCUCCUUGUCUUUCUGUGCCAUAAUUAUAAAGUAAAGGAAGUGGCACUGAGACGUAUAUUUUAUUUUAAUUAUUAUUUUUAUUUUUACAUAUUAUUAUAUUUUACAAUAAAUACACACUAGUCUUUUAUUUAAUGCGGCAGAAUCACAUUCGUUGAACAGUACCACAGGUGGGCAGUUCGUGCUACGCGGACUGUCCACACUAAAUAUGAUUUCCACACGUCAUAUCCAUUUACAUUCAGUUACCGAAUUAGCCGUAAGGAUUUUUAAUAUACAUAUUAAAGAUGUCGCGUUAUAUUUUAAAUAAAUGAUAUCAAUGACGACCCAAUGGAAACAUAAAUGUAUUUGGUAUAUAUUUUGAUAUGCAUAAAUUUAUUGGCGAGAUAACUCGGCAAGGAAGAUGAAAGUUUUUGUAAAACUGAUUCAAUAUAGAAUGUUUCUUACUCUUUGUUGUAAUAGAUGUCGGUACUUAAACUUGUAAAAAUUCUUUUCUUGUGAGAACUACAUAGAGUACAGAAGAAUAUUACGAAAUCGAUAUUUGAAUAUAGCGUUAAAUAUUAAUAUUUUAUGGUACAUACGUUUAUUGUCUUUUAUUUAAUGUUUGUCGAGAGGCUUCAUAUUAAAUUUAUAUAACUUCUGAUGUUCUUGAUAUAUUGUGAAGAUGUGUGUUACGUAGAAACGGCCUUACAAUGUUUAGAAGCGAUCUGUGGAACUUGUUACGGUGUUGCAAUUUGUGAACAUGUCUGAACAUGGUUCGUUUACAUCAGUCAUUGCGACGUUGACGAGGACGCCAGCUCCUCUCAACGGGUUUAUGUUCUGUUCAGAAUUUACUACCAACUUAGUAUCAGUUUCAAAACAAUAACAUAGCGCCCAUGUUAAUUUUCCAUACCACUUGUUAUUUUGUUAGAACAAUUGUUAAUAACAAUACAGCCAAUGACUGCUCUUAAAAUGUGUUCUUUAUAAGAAAUUAAUACAUCACUUAUUUUAUUAAAUGAUUUAAACCUCA